AGCUACUAUACAUCGGACUCUGUCUAGACAGGAGAUAAGAAGACAGAGUCAACUCCGAGAUUGAUUAUCCUAAACUUGUUCUCAAAACAAAAUCGCGCUCGGAUCAUUCAAUCCUUCAUUGAAGUAGAUCAUAGGAUACCCCACCUCGCUGCUGGAUAUCCAUCUUCUACUUCCUAGACUGUUCACUUGGCUGUGCAUAGCAUAAUAAGCUAAGCUAUAUCCGAAGAGUUUAUUUAUUCGAUUUGGCCUGAUCGUGGAUAACGUAUCCGCUAUACAUCAUGACAUCCACAUUCAGCUUCGGCUUUGCGGGGGACGAUAUCGACAUCGAUGACACGGAAAUGAACGAGACUCACGAGACGAACAAUGACCAGAAUGCUGGUGCGGGAUCUACACUCCCGGAGCUGAUCCCAGCUAAGAAACAUGAUGUGGCUGAAUGGAACCCUACACUCCCAUCUCAAAUCUCAUUCAACAAGCUCAGACUGCCCACCAAAACUACUGCUGCAAACCAGCACCUCACCCUCGCUCGUCGGGACAUCUUCGACAUUCGCGCCCAACUAAUGGCCGAGGAUACUCCCGACGAGAACAACGAGGAAUUAAUUGCCGGUCUGGAAAAAGGCGACAUCAAGCCCAACUUCUACGAAGGCGGGUUCAAGACCUGGGAAUGUGCGGUUGACCUAGCCAAGGUGCUUGUUGACACCGAUGAGCUGGCUGCGUCGACGGCUGCUGGUGAUAGACAUAUCAUUGAGCUCGGCGCCGGCACCGCCAUCCCAUCACUAUCUCUCUUCGCACAACUCCUCUCUCACCCAGCAUCAGGACAGCAGCAGCAAAACAAAAGAACCCACUUCACAUUCGCAGACUACAACUCUGCCGUCCUCCGUCUCGUCACUUUCCCUAACCUCCUCUUAACAUGGUAUCACUACACACAAUCUUCCCCUUCCCCGUCCGAAGGACAGUCAGAAGAAGACGAACUCCUCGACAUAACCCCCACCCUCAUCCAAUCCUUCCAAGAAGACCUCUCUGCUCGCGGCAUCUCCAUCUCCUUCAUCUCCGGUGCCUGGUCGCCCGCUUUCGUCGACUUGGUCUUCUCUUCCUCUUCCAACCAGGAAGUACCUUACCCCCAAACACUCGUCCUCGCCUCCGAGACUAUCUACUCGCCUGCGUCGCUGGGGGCAUUCUCCGAGACGUUAGUCGCCUUGUUGCGUCGUGCUGCGCCGGGAGGACAGCAGCAGAGCGCGGCGGCGUUGGUCGCGGCCAAGAAGGUCUAUUUUGGGGUUGGUGGGGGUGUCGAUGAGUUUUUGGCGGUUUUGGGUGGUGUUGCUGGGACUCUGGGGGUCGAGGUCGAUGUGCAGGAGAGGUUGGAUGUUAAGUCUGAGGGGGUCGGGAGGGUGGUUUUGGGGGUUAGGUGUGCUUAGUUGAUAUUGAUAUUGCUGUUUAG